UCAAUCCUCCCUCACAGCAGCGAGCUACGGUACAUCAGCGGAUUCAGUGCGCACUUGUGAAGCUUUUGGAUGAUACCGGCAUUGCUGCGUGUCACUGCGUCUCUCCUGUAACUGCGCACCCGCACUAAUCUGCCUAAAGGUAGGACCGACGUUCAUUUAAUCCGUGGACGCACACUUCACGCGGUGCAGAGUUACAGAACUACAGCAAGUGCUGCAUCCCCAAGAACAUCCUUUCAAAAAUGAACGACAUUCAGGCAUCACACUGGGAGACGAAAAACUCUGCGGUUAAUGGAAAUGGCGUGAUAACGGCAGUGACUUCCACUGUGGAAGACGUCUUUGAUGAUACCUAUAGAGAAAAAGAGGGACCAAAACCUGCGAGGAGAAUAGUAUGGAGAAAUGUAAUAUUGAUGUCUCUGCUGCACUUGGGAUCACUGUAUGGACUCACCCUUCUGUUUUCUGCAUCUGCAGCGACCUUGGCGUGGGCAUUUCUGUGCUACUGGAUAAGUGCUUUAGGUGUGACGGCGGGUGCUCAUAGAUUGUGGAGCCACAGGUCCUAUAAAGCCGCAUUUCCACUACGAGUCUUUCUGGCCGUUGCUAAUUCAAUGGCUUUCCAGAAUGAUAUUUACGAGUGGGCAAGAGACCACAGGGCUCAUCAUAAGUAUUCUGAGACCGAUGCUGACCCUCACAAUGCUUCCCGAGGAUUUUUCUUUUCUCACAUUGGAUGGCUGCUGGUACGCAAGCACCCUGAUGUGAUUGAGAAGGGCAGCAAGUUGGAGCUCAGUGACUUGAAAGCAGAUAAGGUUGUCAUGUUUCAAAGAAGAUAUUACAAGCUAUCUGUUAUUCUAAUGUGUUUCACAAUCCCAACUAUUAUUCCUUGGUACUUCUGGGGAGAGUCUCUCUGGAUUUCUUACUUUGUUCCUGGGCUCCUGAGGUACACACUGGUGCUCAAUGCCACUUGGCUGGUGAACAGUGCUGCACACAUGUGGGGAAAUAGACCUUAUGAUAAAAAUAUCAGCCCAAGAGAGAACAGAUUUGUCACCUUUAGUGCCAUUGGAGAAGGAUUCCACAACUACCAUCACACGUUUCCAUACGACUAUUCAGCAAGUGAAUUUGGCUGGAAAGUGAACCUAACAACUUGCUUUAUUGAUUUCAUGUGUUUCCUGGGCCUUGCUAACGAUCCCAAGAAAGUGCCAAAGGAACUAGUGCAAGCCCGUGUGCAGCGUACAGGGGAUGGAAGCCACAGGAGUGGCUGAGAGAAACAAGUAUCUCAUAAUCCACAAAAAUGUGAUAACAAGGUUGCUUUCGGAACAAGGUGGCUCUGUGGUGUAGCAAAAAAAAAAAAAAGUUGUCAUACUCCUUGUGAAGUUAACCUUUAAAUAAAUGGGUAAUAGAAUUAAAUAAAUCCCAGCACUCAUUACUCCACUAGUAUCAGCCUCACCCAAAAAGCAUUAGCAAACAAACCUGUAAGGAAAAAAUAAAAUCUCUCUACUUUAUGCGACUUCACAAGAUAGGAUAGCUACCUACCUUACUAUUCGGUUAACAUUUUUGGGCCAGUGGAUUUAAAAUGAAGUAGUCCUAAAAUGCUGCCUGCAUUUAAAAAAAAAGCAUAAUCUGACAAAUGAUGUUAAGCUAAUGUGCAAAUAAACCACUGUGUGUCAGGCCUAAAGUAUAACUUAAAUUCAGUACAACAUUUGUCAAGACUCUGUGCAGAGCACAGAACUGCCUUUGCUGUUACAGACCAAGAUGAUAUUCUGAUUGGUACUGAAUAUUGCUACUUUGACAUACAUCACUGAUAAAGUAGCGGGACAUGAAACAGAAUUAAAAUUAUCCAAAAAAUUUACUGUAUUUAGAAGUUUUCAACCCCGAGCAAAUGUUAUCCUACUUAAAAAGGAUUUGUAUAUUAUAUUUAAGAUGGUCACUGCCUUCUAAAAUACUUGUGAAUUUCAUUAGCAGAGAAAUAAAUACCAGAGUUUUUAAGGUAGCACGGUACACAGUGGUAGAUUUUAUAUGACAGCAAGAAUAUGAGUGGCAGUAUUAAUUUCAUCCAAGGGCCUUGAACAAGCACCAAAAUAAAAUAAAUCAGAGGCAUCUAGUUGUUGUAAUACUGCUUGUUUGAGGGGUUUUAGUCAGUACUUGUAUAGAAGCUGCAUUUCUUCGAUGGGCUUUGUUUCAUAAGAACAUAUAAGAAGUCCAUUGUCGACUGAUUCUGUUACCUCUCACUGAAAAGGUGCAACAGCUCUCCACCAGUUCCGAAAUGUCUCUAGUGACAGCAGCUACAGAGGGAAAGGUCAGAGAGUCCUUAGAAAGGUGGACCUCAACAGUGAAUGCCUGUCAAUGCAUUCAGAGGAAGCAGAAUGAGGAAUUAAUUAAGCUUUGCUAAUAUGCAGUUAUAUUGUGUUGCUGAAAAUGGCUGGAAGGAAAAAAGUUUCAAACUGGUGAAAUUGAGGGGAAUGUCUCUUUGGCUACAUGAACCCCUCAAUACAUGCCAUUGGUAUUCUAGAAAAAUUCUACUCCUUUUUAUUUAUUUAGCAAGACACAAUCAGAAAAUUGUGCCUAAUGCCUUACUACUUUAGAUCCAUUUCCAGGGUUGCCUUUAUUUUCUAUGAACCUGAAUGGCAGUUUCACAUAGUAAUUACUGGCAACUUAAAUGGAUGGCAGGAUAUCUGCUGCUUGAGGUAAAAAGUGUUUUUUCGCUAACAAGGAUCUUUUUGGGCAAUGUGUUUGAACAGUAUGUGCCAACCUAAAGAAGAAUUCGUGAAAUUUAGUUUAUAUGGACCAAUUUCUUUUCAAAUAUAUGUAAACGUUGGAAUUUCUAACUGACUUUAUAAAGCAAAUUGGUGCUUUAUGACUGCCUUAAUAAUUAAAGGCAGUGGCUUUUCCAGAGCUGAGAUCUAACCUUAGCACUUAAUAAGUGUAGCAAACCAUAUAAUAAUUAGGUGCCCUAGACUUGGCUGCACAGUUUCUUGACUCCAAAGGCAAUUUUCAUAAUUUUGAUAAAUGUGUAAAAAGAUUAGUGAUUUAGUAGAUGUAGUCAUAGAACACUGUGUUUGAAUUUGUGCACUAAGGAUGUGAAUUAAUGAUAAGCAUUUUAAAUAAACUAUUCUUUAUUUAAUUGCUUUACAAUUUGUUGUUGAGUUCUUUAUUGAUGUGUACUUUAGAACAUCAGCAACAAACUGCCUUAAAAUGUUUACUCUGCUGGCAUAUUUUUUGGGAAAUUACUAUUGCAGAAUGUGCAUUGUAAUUUUUUGUUUUGUGAGAAUAAUAAAAUGUGCUGUUGUUGUUAA